AUGAUCAAGGUAAUUGGAUUGAGCCUUCAUUCUUGGGAAAUGUUGUCAUUGAAACUUUUAGGAAACGUUUUUACAGAGUCAGACCCUAUUGCUAGCUCUAAUAUCCAGGACUUUAUAAGUGUGAUUGAGCCUAGUAUUUCUAGCAAGGACAACUCUAAGCUUAUGGGUGAUAUUUCUGAGUCGGAAGUCUUUGAAGCGGUUAGAAGUAUUGGCGCUCUCAAAGCCCCUGGCUCUGAUGGUUUACAUGUAAUUUUAUUCCAUCAGUUCUGGGCAGAGACUAAGCACCUUCUUAUUCAGCUUGUUAAGGAUUUCGUUGUGAAUAACCUUCCUUUCAACCCCAUAAACCACACCAAUAUUGAUUUGAUUCCUAAGGUUUCUUUGGGUGCAAUGGCACUUAAAUUAGACCUUGGGAAAGCUUAUGACCUCCUCGAUUGGAACUACAGAAGAGCUUUAAUUAAGUUCGGUUUCAAUGUUGACUAG